AUGAAAUUGCUCUACAUUUUGAUUGCUGGCCACGUUUUAAGUGCGUUGGUCCUAGCGGCGCCCACAGACGAGGAUGCUCUCUACCAGGACACGCCCUACACCAAGGAGCUACUGCGUCAAGCCAAAGCUGCUGAGAUCGAGAGCUUUUUGGACCAGAAGACGGAUCCGUGCAAGGAUUUCUACACAUUCUCCUGUGGCAACUACAAACGCAUCAACUCGGCUUUGCGCAUGCACGUGGCCAGCACCGGAUUAUUCGAGAAUUUGACCAAAGGUUUCAACCGAAAGAUACUGAAGAUGCUCAGCACACCCCACGAUGCACACGACACUCCGGAGGACAUUCAGGUGAAGCACUUCUACGAGUCCUGCCUCCGGAUUAAUGAGCUCAACUACAACCAAAAGCUAAGGCGGCUCAUUGCUGAAUUUGGAACGAUGCCGGUGCUCGAGGGAUCCUCCUGGCAGGAGGACGACUUCAACUGGGUGAAUACUUCUGCUCGUAUGGGCCACCGAUACGGAAUUAGACCCAUUAUUGCAGUAGAAGUGUCCACGGACUUUCUCAAUAACCAAAGAAACAUUAUCUACGUAAGUGCGCAGAGCUUUCAACUAAAAACACGUUCCAUGUAUGUGAACAACGAAACGGCCUUCUACCGCCAAAAAUAUCAGGCUACAAUCCAGCAAAUUUUGGAGCAAUACUUAGGUGUUGAGAUGGAAUUGGCAAUGAAAACGGCUAAGGAAAUGCUCGACUUUGAGGUGGACUUGGCCAAUGGACUUGAGGACAAUAAAGAACACCACGACAUAAAAGACCAGCUCGAACUUCUGACUGUCGCUGAAUUGCGCGAGAGAUAUGCCCCCACCUUUGACACAGAGCAAUUGAUAUUCGUGAGCAUGGGAGAGGAGAUUUCCGAGCAGAUCUACGAAAUGUAUAGGCCUUAUCAGCAAAAUGUGGUCGAAGUGAUUAAGCGUACGCCAAAGCGCACUGUUGCCAACUAUAUAUUCUUCCGUUUGAUAUGGAAGUUUCUGCUGCAUGUAGAGAAGUCUCCGAAAAUGCUGUCAGAGCUCUGUUUGCCCUACACCAAGAAGUUCUUCGCCAAGAACCUGGACAAUAUGAUAUACCGACGAUACAAAAACGACAAAUCCUUUAGAGAAAUUGACAACAUGUGGCAUAAAUUGAAGUCCACCUUUAGGGAGGCCUUGCUAUCCAGUCCGGAGCUAAACUGGAUCGAGCCAUCCACUCGAAAUCUUGCCAUCGCUAAGUUGGAGGCUAUGAGACUGAAGCUCAACAACUACUCUAAGGAAAAUUUUACCGAGGACUUUGCGGGCCUCAAUUUUCAAACCGCAGACAAUGUGGAGAAUCUGCGUCAGUUUCUGGAGCUGCGUGCAAAGCAAAUGCGGCAACUGCUUCACCAGCCGCCGAAAUCAUUUGAAUAUGCCACAUUAAGCUUCAGCCCGGUCAACAACCCGAUAGAGAACACCAUCACGAUUCCGGUUGCCCUGCUACAGCCCUUCUACAUUUGGUCCGAAGUCUAUCCGAAUGCAGUUAUUUUUGGAACCCUGGCCUUCCUAAUUGGACACGAGUUAAUACACGGAUUCGACGACGGCGGACGGAAGUUUGAUGACAAGGGAAUCCAGACGGAUUGGUGGGAUGAGAAGUCCAGCAGCAACUUCCUGAAACGAAGGGAAUGCUUCACCAAGCAGUACGGCCGGUAUGUGUACGAUGGAAUCCAGCUGAAGGAGUCAACCGCCCAGAAGGAGAACAUUGCGGACAAUGGUGGAAUACGACUGGCCUACGCAGCCUACCGGAAAUGGUUCGAGUCCCAAAUGACAAAUAGCUCGAGUGUCAAUCAGGUCCUGGCCAAGGAGACCCUGCCCAACCUGCGAUACUCCGCCAACCAGCUGUUCUUCAUCAGCUUUGCGCAGUUCUGGUGCAACGAUGUACAUCCCGAAGUGAAGACCAUGCAGGUAUUAACCGACAAUCACACACCAGGAAAGUUCCGUGUUAUUGGAACAUUAUCCAACCUCAAGGAGUUCUCGAAAGAGUUCAACUGUCCAGCGGAAUCUGCCAUGAAUCCCUGCGAGAAAUGCAUCCUUUACUAGGGAAUGUAAAAGUAGAAGCUAUAUUGCGCCACUUCAAUUUUCUUUGUUGUUAACUAUUUGCUUUGUGAAGGAUGUGCACUUGAGUAAUGGUUAUGUUAUCUUAUGCCCUACCUUAACUUUCAUUCAUAUAUUAAUGUUGUACAAAUAAAAUUUAAAUGCGCCUAUA